ACCCUGCAUUGUCACUUGAACAAAGCGAAACGACUUCUGGGACAAACGAGGGACAUUCCGAAUCCGAGAUGACCCUGAAGAGUCUAUUACAGAACCUGAAUGAGCAGAUUACUGAAGAAGGAGUGACAAUGUUCAAUAUAUACCGUGAAGGUAUCUUCGAUUGCUGCCUGAGAGCUCUAAAGCGUUCAUCUUUCUCGCCCUUUCAUAAAAUAUCAGUGAACUUCAGUGAUAUUGAAGGAACAGGUGAAGGAGCCGUAGAUGCUGGAGGUCCUAGUCGAGAAAUGUUCCGACUAGUUCUGAACCAUAUUAAAGAGAGCUCCAUGUUCUGUGGAUCUGAUAAAAAGUAUAUCCGACUAGACAUGAGAGCAAUGAAUGAGAGGCAUUAUUACGCAGCCGGACAAAUGAUUGCCCUUUCUUUAAUCCAUGGAGGAGACGGGCCUCAUUUUUUUUCACAGAGUUUUUAUUCAGUUCUUCGCCAGGAUAUUGCGGAGGGCUUUCCAACUAUCAAUGAUAUUGAUGACCAUCAUAUUCGGGAUGAAUUAAAUAAAUUGUCAAAUGCUACCGAUGCAUCUGUCAUUCAGGAUAUAUUGGAUAAAAAUCAGUUUUUCACCAUAGCAGGGUAUGAAGUUAUAACAGACAUGAAAACUAAAGAUCAAUUGUUGGAUGAUGUAACAAAAUUCUACGCCUUCCAUCGAAUAAGACCGGCCUUGGGGCAGUUCCGAGAAGGUUUGAACACAGGAAUGAUAUACGAGCUACUGAAGAGUCACCCAAACCUCUUCCAGAAUACUAUGUGCCAGACUGAAGAUAUAACAAGUAAUACACUGGAAAAAUUGUUUUCUAUUAUGUAUAGCGAACAAGGCAGUUCUAAGCGGUCCAUUGAGAACCGUAUAAUAAGCUUCUGGAGAGAUUUCUUGCUUGACUGUGAAGACAAUGUAACAGAGGUAACACUAAAAGACGUCAUUAUUUUCAUUACGGCAGCUGAAACUGUUCCACCUCUGGGCUUCAGCAUUGCACCAAAAAUUACAUUUUUACACGAUGAUGCCACGCUCUAUCCAAAAGCCAACACAUGUGCUUUAGAAAUAUCGCUGCCUACCUGUCACUCAUCCUAUGAUAAAUUCAAACAACAUAUGGCAUUUGGAAUAGGCAACUGCAAGGAUUUUGCAUUUGCGUAAUUUGACUGGCAAUGUUGCCGAGAAUGUGCAAUUAAGUUUUAGUUCUGAUUUUUCGAAAAUAAAAUUUAUUUAGUUUUCCUUUUAUUGAGAAUUCCUUUUCAAUUAACCCUUUUCUAUUAUAUUAAAAUCACUCAACCUAAAAGCUGCUGCCUCUUCAAAAACCACAAAGCACUACG